AAGGACAGGGCGAAGUGAGAGGAUGAUUUGAAGCUUGUUACCCUUGUGGCCGAACUAACAUGGGAGGUCAGCUGAGGACAUCGGUCUCCUGCUCUAAGGGUCUUGUUAGCCGGUCCACGAACAGAAAAGGUUUUCAUAGAUCACUCAAAGAUGUUCAACUUUGGCAGCAUGUUGAGCUACCCCGACCCUGACACGCUGAGACCAGUCCCUUGGGUUGCUGAUGGAGUCAAGGUCGCUGAAAUGUUGUGCGAGUCUCGAUGGAAGAAAGGCGGUGUUCUCCAGGAGGCGUGUCCACGAUACGUUGCUAGGAAACAAUUGAAGAGGUUAGAUGAACUUGGAUACAAAUUGUAUUCGGGCUAUGAAAUUGAAUUUAAAAUGAUGCAUAGAGAUACUAUGGAACCUGUGUUCUAUGGCCAAGACGAAUACAGCCAGAGGUUACUAAACAAGCAAUGCAGAACUUUACUUCACUUUGACAAAAACUUAAAGGAAUCUAACAUUGAUGUUGAGCGGUAUCAUCCUGAGUUUGGUUCUGGACUGUUUGAAGCUGUGACCAAACCGAAGUAUGGCAUAGAGUGCCCAGAUAUGGUCCUAAAUAUGAAACAGGGCCUCAUGGAGAUGUCAGAUGUGAAAGAUGUAGUUAUCACCUUCAUGUCGAAACCGGAACUGGACAACAAACCAACAGGAAUUGGUGCCCAUUUCAAUUUUUCACUUUGGAACCAAUCUGGAGACAGCCUUUUCUAUGAUGCUGACGCUCCUGAUAAUCUAUCUGUUAUGGCAAAGCAGUGGAUUGCUGGCAUCAUGAAACACAGUAAGGCACUGUGCGCUUUUACCAGCCCCACCGUCAACUGCUACAGGCGACUUCAUCAGCCCUUUUUUCCCUUCAGCAAUAUUCUGGGGUAUAGAAGAUCGUGAGUCCUGUUUCCGAAUCAAGAAUGACGGUCCUUCUGGUACAUACAUCGAAAACAGACUUCCCAGUGGAAAGAGCAACCCUUACCUCAUUGUGGCGUCUACCAUUGCUGCAGGGCUGGACGGUGUCAUCAACAAACUGGAGUGUCCACCGCCGGGAAAGACAGAAAAGACAGAGAACCUGCCCAGCACCCUAUCUGAAGCUCUUGAGGAACUGGAACGGGAUGAGGCAUUGGUAGAUGCCCUGGGCAGUGAACUGGUGGCGUGGUUCGUGAAAUGCAAGAGAGAUGGGGAGAUAGCCAAGUAUAAGGACUUGGAGACUGACGAGGAACGAUUUGCUUUAGAGAAAGAGGUGUAUUUUCUAUGAUACAAAAUUGAAGGAAUAUGGCAUUACUGUUUCUCGCAAGAAACUUGUGAUACAACUUAUUGUCUGUCUCACUGUAGUUAUAAUGUGUCAGAAAAA